CGUUCCGGUCCGUCGUCGAUCAUCGACCAAUUAAAUUCGGAGCGCGCAACUUGAACUUGCGCCAUCUGAGGUUCGCUACUCCGUCUUUCUGUCUCCUUCAACAAAAAUUCAAGUCCAAGCGUCAUUUGUACCUUUGAGAUAGUUUCAUCUCCACUACUCAUUUCUGCCCACCGAUAUCCGAUUGCUUGGGGCCGUGGCCGAGACGACACAUCUACUUCCCCUACGCACUUCAGUCAGUAUGAGUCCCCUGGACCGGGGCCGGAGGAUUGUUCAUCAAUGUGCCAGAUGUGCCGCUCGAUCAUGAUCCUCACUAACGGCAGUACGAGUGUUCGUCCUGGGUAUUGCCUACAGCAACUCUGUCCCGAAGUGAUUGUUUAGGACGAGUCUGAGUCUGCUGUUGCGUAUCGAAGCUCCGUGUCUCUCUGCAAAGACCCACAAUUGUUGGCCUGUGCCGUUUGUGAACCACGCAUUACUCUCACACAUCUCUUCAGCCUCCCUUCAGCUCGCUACACCCGGUUCCUUCUCUGGAUCCAUUGGAGAGACUGUAAUGGCAUCCGUCUUGCCCCGGCGCCGUGGAGGGAUCCGGGCCGCAUGUGACCGAUGCUAUGAGCUCAAGGAACGGUGCGAGCGGGCGUCGACCACAUCCGCCUGUGUCAGAUGCAACAGAUUGAGUCAGAUCUGCCGGACUGUACGUCCACUGCGAACUCCCGGUCGAAGAGCACGGCAUCGAGAACCCUCAGCAUCAGCAUCUCAGACGAUAUCAAGCCGUUCAAGCACGGAAGCCUCCUCUCAAUCUCAAGACGAAAAUGGUGCAUGGCUACAGGAUGUUCCUGAUUUGGUCCUGGAGGAAAGGGAACUGAUGAUGUUCCUUCUAUACCGACGCCAAACGCUGCAGUUCAACGUGGUCAGCCCCAGCUUCGAAGACGCCGCACGACGCUCGUUUGAGGCCCCCUUGCUGGCCGCUCUCCCAGUGCUCAAAGAUGCCUAUCUUGCCUAUGCGGGCGGGCUGAAAGCAUCAUUCCACGCUGACAACGAUACGCCAACGGUGGCAGACGAGGAUGCGAAUCUCUCUCUCCACCAUGCAUCCUCCGCCUUGGAAACGUUGCGUACGCUCCCAGUUGGCAGUUCCGAGGAUGCGGCGUUAUGUCUUACGCUGGGAAUGGUGUUGGCAUUGUAUAUAUACUCAGCGGUUGGCGUUGGUGCACCCGACAUCUGCCACUAUUGCCUCGGUGUUGCCAGUCCCUACAUUGAAGACUCCACCAUCUCCUUCGAAACAGAGCCUCAGCUCAUCUUUAUGGUCUUGUUGGAGACCAUGGACUGUGCAGUCCACCGCCACAAGCCGACACUGAGGCUCCGGGUCCAGUCGCCGGCGGCUAGCGAACGCGUGGGUGUCGAUCGGCACUUGGGGCUGUGUGUUCCAUUGCUUCCGUACUAUUACGAUCUCUGUGUGAUCAGCCACUUCCUGAUCGAUGGGAAAAACGCCAGUCUCGUAGCCAUACUGCACCGGCAUCUGCGGAGGAUCCAGGCCGCCGUAAACACGUGGCAGCCAUGCCCGCCGGAGGGAUUCGUGCAUGAAUUUUCAUCCGUGGAAGUGGUUCACCUCCUGGCCCAGGCAAGGGUGUACCGACUAGCGGCCCUGCUGAUGGCUCACCGCUUACAGCAUCAUUUUGGCCACGAGAACGCGGACGCUCAGGCCGACAUCUGGUCGCGCGAGAUCAUGAUGGAACUCGAGAUGGCUCGCCGGGUUACACAACAACCGAUCCGGUUCGUCACACUCCCGUUUAUUGUUGCUGCAAUCGAAAUCCGAGAUCCGGUCGCACGGAUCAAGGCAGACGAAAAUGUGGAUGAGUAUGUUGAUCGAUUUAUGCCGGUCGUCCAAGAAGCCACCAGGACGUUUCUGUCGCGCAUCUGGCGCGAACGGGAUGUUGGGGCAAUCUCCUCUUGGUUUGAUUCGGUUCAUAAGCCUUGCGUCACGUUAGACGCGCUGGGAGAUGUUUAGCUGGCUUGAUUGUGAUUGUUGGAAAGGACAAAGGGCAGGCUUUGCUUCAUAAUAAGCUAGCCACUACUAUACCCUUCUAAGCUGACCCGUCACUGUCAGGACACACGAAUUAAGUUUGAAGUAUUCCUACUCCCCAAGAAGUACAACAUUGUGGUAGUCUUGUACUGUUGCUCCGUAGAGCCAAAGCGGUCCCUUUCUCGCGGGAGAUUCGCCUUACUUUACAGUAAGUGCUGAUAUCAGUGCAGCGCAGGGAACCACCAUCGCCAGACGGUCAUUAUUGACUGAUGCCUCGAUGCCAGCAUUGCAUUGCCAUUCGAAAACUUUGUACCAAUAGGGGUCCACGUUUGGAAGACGCGGUCCUAUGAAAAUGCUCGCAAAUACCUGCAACUUGUAGUGCAGAUUGCAUGCUGUAACAUGGUAGUCAUCAGCGGAGCCCGCAGGAGUCAGUUCCAACUUGAAAGUCGUUCUAGACGCCUCAGCGGAGGAACCCCCUAAAAUGCAGGGGCCCGAGAAGCCCGAGCGCGCCUAUCGCCUGACGAAGGAAUGAAUAUCAAACCACUGCACCGGUUGCCAGUAGAACAACGGCCAAUAACAUCAAUUUGAAAAGAAGCAUCCUCAGAAAGCGGCGUCACCAUCUCCCCAAAUCCAGCGGGCGAAUUCCCUCCAAACUCGCAUUGUCAGCAGUGUUAGAAAUCCUUGGACUGUCAUUGGCUGAUCUCCUCUCAAGUGGCAAGGCUGACCAUCACCGACCAACCACAUUCAACUCAAUUGUCAGCCCUUUCCUCACACCACUUAUUGGCCCAGCCUGUGCCCAAGUACAUAUAAACCGCUGAAGAACAGCAGCACAACUUUGAGUAUUCAACAAUCAACAACAAAGCAAAACAAAGAUCACUACUCUUGAGUCCUCUCCUGUGUCUUCUCAAGCCAAACCUACCAUUCCCAAGUCAACCAAACAAAGCACAAACAACCUCAACUUUCCAACACCACCAAACGCCAACCACAUCUUAUCUUAUCACUUCGCUCAAAAUGGUCCGACCAACCACCUGCUGCGGCCGCGCCUCCGACUGCAUCUGCGCCCAAAAAGCCACCUGCUCAUGCGGCAAGCAAUCCGCCAUGCACUGCACCUGCGACAAGAGUGCGCAAGAGAACUCACUCCAAGGAGCCAGAUGUUCGUGCCGAGCCCGUCCAGCGGGCCAAUGUACCUGCGACCGCGCGGCCACCGAAAACGCCCAGCCGGAAGGUGAAACCUGCGCCUGCGGCAAACGGAGCGCUCGCAGCUGUACUUGCGAAAAGGCCCCUGAUGGCGGGUUGUUGCCGGGAGAAGUCGAUUUCACUACUCAGGCAUAAAUAGCCAACAAAAAAUGACCCUCGAUCAAAACAGAUCAGAUAAAGUCAGAAACAAAACAAAAAACAAAACAGACUACGAGUGUAUCGCAUCCGCAGAGCAUCGCACUCUCCAAGAAAAGGGAUGCAUUGGUCGACAUGGUUGCUGACCUCCGGCGUAUGGUGUUUCUCUUCAUCCGACGAUUGAGCUGCCUUCCAUGGCCGGAGAAUCCUGGAGAAGAACAUGGUCAUGAAACCCCAACCCCUCCCAGACACUACAUUAUCCAAUCACAGAAAUGGGACACGGAGCGGCAAUGGCAUGCGAUGCGAUGCGGCUUGACACCAAGAAUACUUUAUGCAUUGCAUCUGGAAUGGAAUGGACGGCGUCCUGGUUGAAUCGGAGAAGAAACUCUUGUAUUAAUAGGGCGCAAUGACUGUCUUGUCCCUUGCGGCUGGGCUGGGCUUGAUAAGGAGAUACCAGAAUCAAUGAAUGAUAUUGAAAUACAUGCAUGCAUACACACGCUUCAAAGUCUGCGUUCAUUAUCUUGACCGCUGCCACUUGAUUGAACGAAUUCCUAUUUUCAUAUCCCCUGUUUGUUGCUUUGUUUUAUCUCCCGCAUGUCUUCGUGGUGUUCCGCCGAGUCAUGCUAUUGAAUGUGUCUUCAUCAAGACGAGAGUGCUCAGUCACUACUGGCGGUGGCACCUUCUGGUGGUGUAAACACCCAAGAUACUAUAUUACCUGUACUCAAUCUUGAGUGACGGAGCAAUACCUGGUAGGCUGUUUGGAGAAUGCCCAAGUAUGUCUUGCACGGCCCAGACGGCUUGACGAAGACUCCCGGUAGUACGGGAAGCAGGGACUUCAGUUUUUUCUGCUCUUGGCCUCUUCGCCUUCAGACGUUACAGUGAUGUUCUAGAAGUAGCUUCACCAACGGUUGAAUCAGUCUAUCGUCUAUUGCCAUUCUAUCUCUCUCAUUCUAUCUCCUCUUGCCAGUCCAACAUUUCUAUCUCCUUUUGCCAGUCUAACAUUCUAUCGCCUCUUUUCCAUUCUAUCGCCUGUCUUGCAGCAUGC